CGAUAUCAUUGAUCUUAUUAACGAAGACCGUCAAACAGUGUUUGUGAGUAUUUGGAUCAAAUCAGUUGAUUUUUAAAGAAGCCUUUUGCUUCUGAAUCGGUUGUUGGUGCGUAGAAUCUUAUAGUCAUACGGGUACUAGUUGAGAUAUUUUAUUUAUUAAUAACAAGUGAGAUAUAACAUAUAUUUGUGUAAGCAGUAGCAAGAAAAAGAUGGAUGAUGAUUUGCAGAAGAAUAGUAAUGGAACUGAAAAACAAAAUUCCUUAAGUCCGAAGUUUGUAAUUAAAGAAGAACCGAAAGAAGAACCAAAAGAAGAUAUUCCUCCUGUCUCAUUUUUUACAUUGUACAGAUUCGCCACCAACUCAGACAAAGUCCUUUUAGCAAUAGGAGUAAUAGCAGCCCUAAUAUCUGGAGCAAUUCAGCCUUUAAAUAAUUUAUUAUUUGGCCAUCUUACACAAAGUGUUAUAGACUAUGCUCAAAAAUGCUAUAUUCCAACUGCACCGACAUGUGAUUCACAAGCAGGAGAUGAUCUCAUAGCCGGUAUUAGUUAUUUUUCCAUUUGGAACUCGGUUAUUGGCUUAGGCAUAUUUGUCACCGCAUAUAUUUCUGCCGAAACUUUUAAUUACACAUCCAUCAAACAGGUAUUUAAAGUAAGAUCGCAAUAUUUAGAAAAACUAUUAAACAAGGAUGUACCAUGGUUCGAUGUUAAUAAUUCUGGAGAUUUUGCUAGCAGAAUGGCAGAUGACUUGUCAAAAUUUGAAGAUGGUAUUGGUGAAAAAAUUCCACUUUUUAUCACACUACAAGCCAUGUUUGUAUCAGCUAUAACUUUAGCGUUGGUCAGAGGAUGGGAGCUGGCAUUGAUUUGUCUAAUAUCCUUACCUGUCUCAUUGAUUGCUAUUGGAACUAUCAGCUUUUUGACAACUAGAUUUUCACAAAAAGAACUUGAUGCAUAUGGUGGAGCUGGUUCAAUAGCCGAAGAAGUACUCACAUCCAUCAGGACUGUAAUAGCGUUUGGAGGGGAAAACUUGGAAAAACAACGGUUCGACAAAGGUCUAAUUUUUGCGAAAAAUAACAAUAUCAGGCGACACUUUUUCGAAGGCACGGGUUAUGGAAUUUUAUGGUUCUGCAUAUACUCGAGUUUUGGUUUUUCCUUUUGGUAUGGCGUCAAACUUAUUUUGAAUGGUAGCUACAAUGCUGGAAAUAUGAUUACAGUGUUUUUUAGCGUUAUGUCAGGCAGUCAAGCAUUUGGAAUAGCUUCACCAUUUAUAGAAGCAUUGUCCAAAGCACGAGCCGCAGGCGGAAAAGUAUUUCACAUUAUUGAUAAACCACCAACCAUUAACUUAUCAAAGGGUAAUGGACAAAAGUUGUCGUCUAUUAAAAGACGUGUCAAUAUAGAAUUUAAAAAUGUGCACUUCCAUUAUCCAGCGAGAAAGGAAGUUUCUAUUUUGCAAGGAUUUAAUCUAAAAAUUAAUGCUGGAGAAACAGUAGCGCUAGUUGGCAGCUCAGGUUGUGGAAAAUCGACCGUUUUACAGCUGGUUCAAAGGUUUUAUGAUCCUUUGGAGGGAGAGGUUUUAGUUGAAGAUAGAAACAUAAAAGAUCUGGAUUUAAACUGGUAUCGUCAAAAUAUUGGUGUGGUCAGCCAAGAACCGGUUUUGUUUGAUACCACAAUUGCAGAGAACAUUAGAUAUGGUAAUAUAGAUGCCUCAAACGAAGAUAUUAUUCAAGCAGCUAAAAUGGCAAAUGCCCAUAUAUUUAUUAAAGGUCUUCCAAAUGGAUAUGAAACUUUAGUAGGAGAGAGAGGUGCACAACUGUCAGGAGGUCAAAAACAACGUAUAGCAAUUGCAAGAGCUUUGGUAAGAAAUCCAGCUAUUUUAUUACUUGAUGAAGCUACCUCAGCUUUAGAUACCAACAGUGAAGCAAAAGUUCAGGCUGCAUUAGAUAGAGCUAGUGAAGAUCGUACUACUAUAAUUGUAGCGCAUAGAUUGUCGACUAUUAGGGGUGCUAAUAAGAUAGUAGUAAUGUCAAAAGGGAAAGUAGUAGAGCAAGGUACUCAUGACGAGCUGAUGCAGCUUGGUAACGAGUAUUAUACUUUAGUUACAACACAAGUUCAAGGAAAUCAAGAAUUUGAAACUAAUGAAGACAAAUCUGACCAUAAGAAUAAAUUUGAGUUAUUGGAUGAAAGUGACGAUAUUGAUAUGGCUCCCAUUCAAGUUCAGGACGAGUCUGUAGAAGUAGAUAACUACAUUAAAAAGGCAAGUCUUUGGUCAAUCACAAAACUUAAUAAACCGGAGUGGUUCUAUAUUGUAAUUGGUUGUAUAGGAGCCGCAGCCAUGGGAGCGGCCAUGCCUAUCUUCGCUGUCCUAUUUGGAGAAAUUUUAAAUGUGUUACAAAAUACAGACCAUGACUAUGUCAGAUCAGAAACAAAUAAAUACGCACUGAUAUUUGUUUUAACCGGUGUACUUGCGAUGGUAUCCACGUUCUUGCAGAUGUCCAUGUUUGGAAUAGCCGGUGAAAAACUAACUUUACGGAUUAGAAGCAAAAUGUUUGAAUCGUUGCUUCGGCAAGAAAUAGCUUAUUUUGAUAGAAAAUCUAAUGGUGUGGGUGCCUUAUGUUCUAAACUUUCAAAUGAGGCUGCGCAAGUACAAGGAGCUACAGGUCAGAGAAUAGGGGCCAUAAUGAACUCUUUGGCUUGUUUCGUUCUCUGUGUGGGGCUAUCGUUCUAUUAUCAAUGGAAACUAGCAUUAGUAGCACUUGCGUUUUUUCCAAUUAUCUUAGCUGCAGUAUUUAUGCAAAGGCGUCAAACCUCUGAAGAAAAUGAGGAUUAUAAAAAGUCCUUACAAAAAUCUACUAAGAUUGCAGUCGAGGCUGUAGGAAACUUUAGAACGGUGGUAUCUCUAGGAUGUGAGGAAACAUUCUAUAAUUUGUACGUCAAUGAGCUGAGGCCACAUAUAAAACGCAGUUUAAGAAUUUCACACGGACGGGCCAUUGUUUUAGGCCUCUCGAGAUCUGUAAUGAUGUGGGCAUUUGCCACUUGCAUUUACUAUGGAGGAACUCUUAUUAGAAAUGAGGGAAUAUCAUAUGACGUUGUAUUUAAGGUAGCUCAAUCAUUGAUAAUGGGAACUAUGUCGAUCGCUAAUUCGCUCGCCUUUACACCUAACCUAGAAAAGGGACUAGUAGCAGCGAAAAGUGUAAUGAACCUUAUUAACAGAAUACCGAAGAUCCAAAACAAAGCUAACGCUGAAAUUAAAAAAGACGCUGAUGGCAAUGUUACAUAUGAUAAAGUUCACUUUUCUUAUCCCACGAGAGAUCAAAUACCAGUUCUCAAGGGUUUGGAUUUAACGGUAAUGCAAGGCAAAACUAUUGCUUUAGUUGGAUCCAGUGGAUGUGGAAAAUCGACUAUUAUCCAAUUAAUAGAACGUUUUUAUGAUCCGUCAUCAGGAACUGUAGCUUUGGAUGAGCAUAAUAUUAGAGACAUAACUCUUCUGUCUUUGAGGUCUUAUUUGGGUAUAGUAUCUCAAGAACCAAAUCUAUUCAGUAGAACUAUCGCAGAAAAUAUAGCCUAUGGUGAUAAUUCACGUGAGGUCACAGAACAGGAGAUCAUCGAAGCUGCUAAAAAGGCUAAUAUUCACAAUUUUAUCUAUCAACUGCCUUUGGGUUAUAAUACUAAACUAGGUGAAAAAGGAACUCAGCUAUCAGGAGGCCAAAAACAAAGGAUAGCAAUAGCUAGAGCGUUAAUACGAAAUCCAAAAAUUUUGCUUCUGGAUGAGGCAACAUCGGCGCUUGACGCUGAAAGUGAAAAGGUAGUACAAGAAGCCCUAGAUAACGCCAAACAGGGUCGUACUUGCAUCACUAUCGCACACAGGCUAACAACAAUUCAAGAUGCUGAUCUUAUAUGUGUAGUAAACGACGGAGUUAUUGCAGAACAAGGAACACACCAAGAACUAAUUAAGAAACGAGGACUUUAUUUUCAGUUACACACUCUCCAGCAUUCAUAGCAUAUAAAGUAAAUGUAAUGGUUCUAUUGUGAGAUUAUACGAUAAAAGUCAUAUUGGCAGAAUCCAAAGUAAAAUAAGUAUUGAUAAGAUAAGUUUUAAUUUACACUCUUAUAUAAGUAGGCCAAUAAAUUUUUAACAAGAUAGUAAACAUUA